AUGGCCCAAGAACCCCAAAAUCCACCUCCCCCUGCCCAGGAACUCUCUCCCCUCGUCGACCCCGUUCCUCUCCACGACCCGCCAACUACCCAACCUCAAGCCGAAUCUGAAGUGAAACCACCGGCCACCGAAGCUGAACCCGAAGACAAGGCAGGAGUAGUCAUCGAAGAAGUGGUGGGGGAAGCAGAGAAGGCCCCCAGCGCUGUCGAAGACAAGAUUUCCGAAUCGGUUUCGUUCAAGGAGGAGACCAACGUGGUUGGCGACCUCCCCGAGGCUCAGAAGAAAGCCCUUGAUGAGCUCAAGAAGCUUGUUCAAGAAUCGCUUAACAACCAUGACCUAACUGCUCCCAAACCCCCACCACCCGAACCAGAGAAGAAGAAACCAGACAUCGUCAAGGAGCCAGAAGUCGCAGCAGGAGAGGCAGAGAAGAAGGAACCUGAAGUGGCUGCCGAAGAAGCGGAGAAGAAGGAAGUCGAAGUUAAAGAAGAGAAGAAGGAAGUCGAAGUUAAAGAAGAGAAGAAGGAAGUCGAAGUUAAAGAAGAGAAGAAGGAUGUAGAAGUGAUAGAAGAGAAUAAGGACGUUGAAGUGACAGAAGAGAAGAAGGAAGUUGAAGUGACAGAAGAGAAGAAGGAAGUUGAGGUUACAGAAGAGAAGAAGGAAGUUGAGGUUACAGAAGAGAAGAAGGAGGUUGAGGUUAUAGAAGAGAAGAAGGAGGUUGAGGUUACAGAAGAGAAGAAGGAGGUUGAGGUUACAGAAGAGAAGAAGGAGGCGGAAGAGACGGUGGCGGUUAAGGAAGUUGGGCCGGAGGAAGUUGAGAUAUGGGGAAUUCCGCUGCUGGCGGAUGAGAGGAGCGAUGUGAUUCUGCUGAAGUUUCUGAGAGCGAGGGAUUUCAAGGUGAAGGAAGCCUUCAGCAUGCUGAGGAACACCGUGCGUUGGCGGAAGGAAUUCGGAAUCGACGCUCUUGUCCUGGAAGAUCUUGGAAGCGAUUGGGACAAGGUGGUGUUCACCGACGGACACGACAAACAAGGGCACCCCGUGUGCUACAACGUGUUUGGUGAGUUUGAGAAUAAGGAGUUGUACAACAAGACCUUUUCGGACGAGGAGAAGCGGAACAAGUUCAUCAGGUGGAGGAUUCAGGUUCUGGAGAAGAGCGUGCGAAGCCUUGACUUCUCUCCCACCGCCAUCUCCACCAUUGUGCAGGUCAACGACCUCAAGAACUCUCCUGGACUCGGCAAGAGGGAACUCAGGCAAGCCACCAAUCAGGCCCUUCAAUUGCUUCAGGAUAACUACCCCGAGUUUGUAGCCAAGCAGAUAUUUAUCAAUGUUCCAUGGUGGUACCUUGCCUUUUCUAGGAUGAUCAGUCCUUUCUUCACACAGAGGACCAAGAGCAAAUUUGUGUUUGCUGGGCCAUCCAAGUCUGCCGAAACCCUUUUCAAAUACAUUGCUCCGGAGCUGGUUCCUCUUCAAUAUGGUGGACUGAGCAGAGAGGGGGAACAGGAAUUCACCACUGCUGAUCCUGCUACAGAGGUCACAAUUAAACCCGCAUCCAAACAUGCUGUUGAGUUCCCAGUUUCUGAGAAAAGCCAUCUAGUUUGGGAAAUCCGAGUGGUAGGUUGGGAUGUGAGCUACGGAGCUGAGUUUGUGCCCAGCGCUGAGGAUGGAUACACUGUCAUUGUGCAGAAGAACAGGAAAAUUGCUCCCGCUGAUGAGACCGUAAUCAAUAACGGUUUCAAAACUGGUGAACCUGGCAAGGUUGUACUCACCGUAGAUAACCAAACAUCCAAGAAGAAGAAACUCCUCUACAGGUCCAAGACCAAGCCCAUCGCAGAGUGA